AUGCUCCCCCGGCAGGGUUAUGCGCCUACGCCGCACAGCUAUGUUCCUAACACGGCGCUUUCUGCAUCAAUCAAUUUAGAUGAGGAAGUCACCUUGACGAGCACGCGAGCCGAGCGCGAUCUGCAAGAUUCCCUCGCCGAGCUUUUCAGCAUAAUAGUCACCCUCGACGAGCUGGAAAAGGCCUUUAUCAAGGACGCCGUGUCAGAGGCGGAAUAUACAGAGAUAUGCGAGCGCUCGCUACGGCAGUAUAAUGCGCUGCUCGCCGACGACACCAUUGCCCGAGAAUUUGGCGGGCUGGAAGAGUUUCAAGCAAAGUGGGAUAUUGAAGCUCCGCGCGCAACGAAACGCCUCCAGGCCGGCAUGCCCUCCACCAUCACGACCCCCGCCUCGGCAGCCGCCGCUGGCACAUCCGAUCGGAACAACACCAGUGGUGUCUUGAUCCUCGAAGCAACACAGGACUUCAUCACCUUUCUCGACGCCGUCAAGCUCGGUCUGCUCUCCAAGGACCAGCUUCACCCGCUCCUGUCCGACGUUAUCCAGUCCGUUAACAAGGUGACGGACAAGGACUUUGAGAACAGAGGAAAGAUUGUGCAGUGGCUCAUCACGCUCAACCAAAUGAAGGCAAGCGAGGAGCUCAGCGAACAGCAAGCCAGGGAGCUGGACAUGGAUAUCCAGCAGGCCUACCAAGGAUUCAGACGAACGUUGACGUGA